AUGGAAAUUCUCAUUGCCGCAGUAGUACACACUUUGGAUUUCAUCAUGCGGGAGCCUAGUACCAUUUGCACUCGAAAGAAAACGGCAGUAUCGUUCGCCUCUAUUACGUCUCAAGCGCAAGAGGUACUGGAGCUUGACGUCACCCCCAACGAAGCAAUUCUGGAACAAAUGAAAGCUGAGCUAGAGAUCGAAAUGAAAAACAAUGAGGACUAUUAUGACAGCCCAUCAUCUACAGUCCACCAGAUUGAAGGGUUCGGUUCCUGA